GGCAGGAUAAUAGCACUUGUUAUCGAUAAAGGAACCGUUUUACUGAUAAAGGAGUCAAGGAGUAUAUUUCAGGGUAAUUCGGUUAGCAGACGAAUUUUUCUAUCGGCCAUAUCAGAAAUGUGUGAGUACUAAGGGAAGGAUUUCGGCCGGAUGGCUUGAUAUUUAAAAAUGAACGGAAACGACAUUUCAAGUUUAUCGUACAAAGAAUUACAAGCCUUAGCUCUCCGAUAUCGGGUACCAGGUAACAUAAAGAAGAAAUUACUGAUUAAAGUGUUACAAGCCGCGAAAGGCGGAAAUGAAAAUGAAGUUGGCAGGCUCUUGCAAGAUCUUAAGCAGAAUCGUAAGAGGAAAAUGAGAAAAGUCAAAGUCGGGAAACUCGGGUUAACCUCCACACCAUUACAUAGUCCUGAUUACGGUAUGGCCGAUGAUUACUAUUGUCCGCAACAGCAACCACCUUAUCAGUGGGUGGGGGCAGAAGAAGAGAUCACAAAUAGAGAUGAUAACAACAGAAUCCCUCAUUAUGAAGAGUUCAAACAGUUCUUAAUAAAAAGAAUACAAAGAGAAUUUCAAACAUAUGAUACAAAUAAUAAUCAAAUACAGGAUUCAACUAUAGUAGAUCUAAGAACAGCAACAGUUUCAACUGAAGUGCAAAAGGUUCCUUUAGAUGUUAGUAACUAUAGUAAAUCUAAUAUAGUUCCUGUUAACAAUGUAAAUUCAAUAUAUCAACCAAAUGAUAAUGUAGAAUAUCAAACAUUAGAAGACACAAAUAGUAAUGUACAAGGAUCUAUACUUCUUAAAAAAAUGUUACAAGCACCAGUUGGUGCAAAUUUGGGAGAAAUAGCUAGUCCUGUACUUGGCAGAUUUUUGUCAGUAGAACAGUAUCAGCCUAAUAACUUGUUAGAUAAUUCUGACACUUUAACUGCUGAAUCAGAUAAUCAGGAUAAUGAAGAAAUUUUGGAAAACAAUACAGAAUGUUAUGGUCUUCUAAGUGGUAUAAAGGGAGAAUAUUUUUUAAAUGAACCAACUUUUGUAAAAAGUGUUGAAGAAAUUGGUCAACAAAUUUCAAAUGUCUUAACAAAUGAAAAUAUUAAUCAAUAUAAAUACCCCAGUACAAAUAUUGUCAUGCAUCAAGAUUAUGAAAACUGGACUAUUACUAGUGAUAUGGAUACAGUAGAUAACAACUGUCCAACAUCAGAUGUCCAAUCAUCAAAAAUAUUUCAGACUAUGUAUUGUGAUAAUAUAGGAUCUGAUGCCUUAAACAAGCCCAUAAAUGAUGAAAGCUUAACGUGUCAAUAUCGAAUGACAGAAACAGUACAUCCAUACAAUUCCAAUCAAAAUUUAUUGAAUUUGAAUACACUGGAAGAAAAUCAAUAUUGUGACACAAACAUCAUUCCUCACGUGCAAUCUGACUGUAAUAAUACAUAUUAUUUACAAAAUUUGAUUAAAUGCAGUACAGAAACUACUGGAGAAUAUUUGCAGUAUACACAUUCCUUUUCAAAUGCAAAUAUAGAUCAAGAAGCUUAUGCAUCUACUACGUCACAGACAUUUUCUAACAAUAAUCACUAUAGCUCUAAUCUACCGUAUGAAUACUCUUGUUCGCGCAAUAAUGAAGGAACUAUCCCUUUAUAUGAAAAUGUAGGACAACCUGAACAAAAUUGUAACUCUAUAAUACAAACAGAGUCUGAUGUUCAUAGGGAUAUAUCUAAUAUGACAGAAAAGUUACAAACAAAUGAAAUAUUAGAUCCAUUUUAUCCGAAAAGAAUCACUAAGAUGUCUUCACAUUCUAUUUUAGAAAAUAUUUUGAAUAUCAUUAGUACCAAGCGUAUAGAUUUAUCGAAAUUAGAUCAGACAUCUUGUGUAUAUUGUUACAUAGCCCCUAUUGUUACACAUACACAAGUUUCAUCAGGUGUAACUUGCUCCCAAAAAGAGAGAUUUGUUGCAGAAUACAGACAACAUUCCUUUUCUCCAUGUUGGCUACUCUACAAUGAUACUUCGUCCGGAAUGCGAAUGGCUAGUUUACAAACUAAAGUUAGGGAAACUACGGACGAAUCCCGGAUAUUAUAUACAUCAAUGUCAAAUAGCAAUUCUGAUUUAAGAGAGUCAGUUGCGGAUGGUGCGAAAAGUGAAAUUGCGGGAAGUGAAGAUUCAAUUUCAGAAGUGUGGCCGAACAAUUAUUCGAAUUAUGAAACGACAACCGAAAAAGAUGUAAAUAUAUGCGAAGAUUUAAAGAUUGAAGUCUCAGAUUGUUUAUUUUCAGUGAUGAAUACUGAGCCAUUAGAUAAGUAGAUGAUCUUUCUAAAAAUUAAACUCGAUAAAAAAAAAUGUACACUCUUAGUAGUACAUAAAAUUGUAUGUAUCAUCGAAAAAGAAAAAGGAUAAAAAAAUAAUCAUAUUAAAUAAUUUAGAAAAAAGUAAUUAUACAUUAUUUAUAUAUUUAAAUCAAACAUGAUUAGUAGGAGAUUGCCUUGUUUAAUCUAGUUCAAAAAGAGUAAUUCAUUAUGUUAUAACGAUCAUGUAAAACUAUUUUUUCACUUUAACGAAAGUGCAAUGUUAAUUAUAAAAAAAUAUACUACUGUUAAAAGCUCGAAAAAAAGUAGGAUUCUGAUUUUCUUAAGUUAGUGUUUGUAAAAACACAAAUUUGGCAAAAAAAAGGAAUUAAUAGAUAUACCUAAUAUACAUAAGAAAACAUACAAUUUUUUUUAUAAAACGAGGACAAAGAAACGAAUGCGGAAGAUGUUAAUCGUUAAAGAAGCUUCAGAAGAUUAUUUGAAAAUUAAGCAGGAGUGAAAUAAAAAAUUUUUCUUUCGUUUAUUUUCUUUAUCCUCGAUUAAUAUGUAUAUCAUUAUAUAUUUUAAUAAAAAAUAAACAGCAAGCAUCACAA